AGUUAAAUUAACUGCCAAAAUCCCCCACACCCCAAAUCAAGUGAUGAGUCUUGAAACCUGACUUGAGCAUGGCUUUCCUUACUUCUUGUUGGCUUAUUAUUGAAUCUAUAGUCAUCCCUCCUGGAUAUUUUCUCAAAUGGUUUUAUUUGAGCUUCUAUAUCCACCCUUUUCUUCUUUGUGCUUGCCAAAUUUUUCUGUGUCUCAAAUGGCUGAAAAGAUGCACUUUAGCUUUGUUGACUUAUCCUUUUAGAGUCAUCUACUUUUUGGUUUUUUAUGUUUAUAAAUUUUGUAGAUAUUGUAUCAUCUAUAUCUUCUCUUUUAUUAGAGUUAAGGAGGUUGAUUCAAAACAAGUGUUGAUCUUUGAAGCUGCUGAUAAUAUUAGUCAAAAUCAGCUCAUCAGCUUAUGUAUUUGUUCAAGCAUGCCAUCCAACGCAUGGAAGACUGAAUUUGUAGAGGCUAAUGGUUGUGAAGAUAACCAUGAAAUUCUUCCUGGAAGAGAGUCUUCGAAUAUGGAAGACUGGAGCUUUUAUUGUCUUCAAAAGGACUUGAGCGCAUAUGAAUGUUCAUCUUCCUUCUGCAUUUCUCCAUCCAUGGAUGAAUCAUAUUUGAAUGAAUAUUCACCGUUGUUUAGUUCCUUGAGCUCACCAUUGAUGCAAGAAUGUUCAUUACCAGCUUGCGGCUCUAGUUCUCGAGUUUUGGAGAGGGAGGUAAUAACCACAGCAAGAGAUGAGGAUGAAUCAGAAGGUUUUUACAAGAAAUAUUCUGAAAGAAUGAGAUGGUUUGAUAUUUUAAACCAUGACAGGACUCAGGGAAUAAGUGCAAUCUUGAACGAGGAAGUGGGGAUCCCAAGUUCAUUGGAGAACAUCAAGGUGAAGGAUUUGACAAUCCCCUACAUAUCAUGGAGCAAGCAGGAUAAAAAGAAGUUUUUGAGAAGUUUACAAAGUGAUUUUGAGUUGGUUUAUGUGGGUCAAUCAUGCUUGACAUGGGAGGCCCUGCAUCAUCAAUACAGAAAGGUCAAGUUCCUGAGCUUGACCAACUGCUUGUUUGCUGAUAAUUUGGCAAAGGAUUUCCAAAACUUCCAAGUAUUGCUAGAAAGAUUUUUGGAAGAAGAAAGGUAUGUUUAUAAGGGAAAGAGAGCUUGGAAUUAUGUUCAAGCAAGAUUAGCUUCCAAGACCCUUCUUCAAGUUCCUAAACUCACAGGGUAUUUGGAGGAAGAAAAAGAUGGGAAUAAAGGGGAAACAGUGGAUGCAAAAGCGAUGUUGAGGGCCAUAGAGAAAUGUAUAAAUGCUUUUGGAAAAUUUAUAACCACUGACAGGACUAAGAGUUGGUGGAAAUUCAAGACUUCAUUAUGGACUCAUCCUCCAACGGAGAAUCCAAGAGAUUUACAUCUGCUGGCUGACCUAACCACUACACUUGCAAAGAAGGAACUAUGGUUGAAAGAUUUACAAGGGAAACGAAAGUGCUGGUUUAACAAAGUUGUGAAACCUAUGGAAGAGUCCCAGAAAGAGACAAUGGUGUUUGCAAUGAUAGAGAUGCAGUUGAUAUCGAGAGUAUUGCAGAUGUCAAUUGUAUCCACUUCUCAACUCAAUUGGUGCCAACAAAAGCUAAACAACAUUCAAUUUAAAAGAGGGAGGCUUUUCAGGACUGCCACUGGCCCUCUUUUCCCAUCCUCUUGAUUUGCAGCUCAUUUUAAAAUUUGUAAAAGUAGAAAAACCUUAAAAUACACACAUGUACAUAUUUGUACGUGUUUGUAAAUAACACGACCACAUAUAUAUAUACAUAUUUGUAUGUAUUUGUAAAUAACAAAAACCAAGAUUAACUUGUAAGGUAAAGUAUAUUUUAAUCAAAUUAUACUUUACUGGCA